AUGUUAAAGCAAUUACACUCACCCAUUUCACGUGUGCCAAUAAUCAUAGCAACACACAGAACCAAACAAAGUCACCAAGAUGAGCAGCUCCUGUUUGAAAUUCUUCUUUCUAGAGACCAACAAGUCAUGCUAAUUGCAAAUUUAUGGAUUGAAGUUGGUCUUGUCAAUGGUUCUUUGGGACAAAUCAAAAUGAUUGUCUACGAUGCAGGUUCUAAACCACCAGAUUUACCAAAAUAUGUUGUUGUCCUCUUCCAACAUUACACUGGACCACCAUGGGAUGCUGCAAAUCUAAAAUAUGUUCCCAUUCCACCAAUUACUAGAGGAAACCACACACAUAUCCCAUUAGCGAUGGCUUGGGGUAUUUCUAUCCACAAAUUGCAGGGACUCACACUGGACUUUGCAAUAAUUGACAUUGGAAAAAUAGAAAAACAUGGUCUCAUGUUCACAACACUAUCUCGAGUAAAAUAA